AUGCGAGACGUGCACAGCCCGGACGAGUACUACUGGGCAACUCUGCAGUACAACCAGAACCUCCAGGCUCCGGGCUCGCACUACUCAGGUAGGCCUGAUGAUAAGCCUUGGUUGGCUGUACAUGCAGCUUGGGGCGGAGUGGACCCGUGUAAAGGUAAAUAUGUGCGAGGCGUGUGCGUGUUUGGGCUCGGGGACCUCGCGGCGGUCGUGUACAAGAGACACUUGUUCGUCAACAAGUUUUAUUUGGAGUACCAGCCGCUUGCUCUCGACUGCCUGGAGGAGUGGCUUCACAAUCGGACUGCGGAACCAGCCCACCAACCGCUCAACCUUACAUACUACCGCAAACUACCAUACAUCAACACCGGCCGCGCAUCUUGA